GACCCGUAUGCUGUCCCCAUUAGCCAAUCGAAUUCCACCCAAAAUUAGACUAAUUUUUUUGGGGAUUAGGUUACUCCAAUAUUAUAUUAUAUAUUGACACUUUGUGCAGACAAAAAAAGCAGCCAUUGAUGUGCUUUCAUUGUAGAAUAGAACUACUGGUCAUAGGCUGACUCAUAUCUGAAUUUGGGUUUUGACUGAUCAGUUACAAAGCUUCAUUAUUUUCAAGAAUUAGCUCAUAAUUUUUCAUGGUUUUGAUUAGUUUUCGGAUGGGGUUUUGGUUGUUUAGUAAAGAUUCUAAAUUUGAAUGAUUAGUUUGGUGGGUUUUGAAAAAGCUUCAUUAUUUUCAACAAUUAGCUCACGGAUUUUAUUGGUUUUUAGAUGGGUUUGUGGUUCUUGAAGUAAAGAUUCCAACUUUGGUAGGUUUGGAUGUUUGUUAUGUCAUGUGAAAGCAGCAUAUCUGGGUUUUGAUUAAUCAUUCACAAAGCUUUAUUAUUUUCAAAAACUUCAUGGGUUUUUAGAUGGGGUAUUGGUUCUUGGAGUAAAGAUUCUAACUUUGAAUGAUUUAGUUUGGUGGGGUUUUGAGUUUUGUUGCGUUAUGGAAAGCAGCAGAGCAGGACAACUCGCUGGGUCGGAUAUUCAUGGCUUCCACACUCUGCAAGAUUUGGAUAUUCCCAGUAUAAUGGAAGAAGCGAAGAUGAGGUGGCUCCGACCAAAUGAGAUCCAUGCUAUAUUGUGCAACUACAAGUACUUCAACAUCUUUGUCAAGCCUGUGAACCUGCCGAUGAGUGGCACAAUCGUGUUGUUUGAUCGUAAGAUGCUCAGGAAUUUCCGGAAAGACGGUCAUAACUGGAAGAAGAAAAAGGACGGGAAAACAGUAAAAGAAGCUCACGAACACUUAAAAGUUGGUAAUGAAGAACGAAUUCAUGUAUACUAUGCACAUGGAGAAGAUCACCCGACCUUUGUUCGGAGAUGUUACUGGCUACUUGACAAGUCCCUUGAACACAUAGUCCUUGUUCAUUAUCGCGAAACUCAGGAGGCACAGGGCUCCCCAGCGACCUCUGUUGCCAAGGGUUCUCCAGCUACCCCGGUUAAUUCCAAUUCCAGUUCAGAUCCAUCUGAUCCAUCUGGUUGGGUUUUAUCAGAAAAAUGUAAUUCCGUAGAUGAACGGACGUAUGGUUCCAGCCAACAUGCACAUUUAGAGCCUAACAGGGAUGUGACCGCCAAAAAUCAUGAACAGAGACUUCUUGAGAUUAAUACACUUGAGUGGGAUGAGCUUUUGGCACCUGACAAUCCCAACAAGCUAAUUGCAACUCAAGAAGCGGGAGGAAGGGCUUCAGUCGGGCAACAAAAUCAAAUUGAAGUUAAUGGUUACAGCCUCAACGAUGGCUCUUUAUCUGUGUCGAGAGUACCUGUAGCAUCUUUAGAAAGUUUUGUUUGCCAAGUGGCUGGAAGUGAUACUGUAAAUUUUAAUCCUUCAAAUGACAUGCCCUUCCAUUCCGGGGAUGGUCAGAUGACUUCAAAUUUUCGAAAGAAUGAGCCUGGAGUAACAACAGUGGGUGCAGGUGAUUCCUUUGAUAGUCUGAACAAGGAUGGCCUCCAAACUCAGGACAGCUUUGGACGGUGGAUUAACUACUUCAUAAGUGAUUCUCCAGGAUCUGCAGAUGAGAUGAUGACUCCUGAAUCUUCAGUAACUAUCGAUCAAUCAUAUGUAAUGCAGCAGAUAUUCAACAUAACCGAAAUCUCUCCAACUUGGGCUCUUUCAAGUGAAGAAACAAAGAUCUUAGUGAUUGGGCAUUUUCCAGGAGCACAAUCGCAACUGGCAAAGUCAAAUUUGUUCUGCGUAUGUGCAGAUGUUUGUUUUCCUGCAGAAUUUGUGCAGUCCGGGGUAUAUCGUUGUGUAAUUUCACCUCAACCCCCUGGACUGGUAAGUUUGUAUUUGAGUUUCGACGGUAAUACACCAAUCAGUCAAGUCAUGACCUAUGAGUUUCGAGCUCCUUCAGCAUGCAAAUGGACAGCUCCUCUGGAGGAACAGUCUAGUUGGGAUGAAUUUAGAGUUCAAAUGAGGCUAGCUCAUUUGCUCUUCUCUACAUCUAAGAGCCUAAGCAUUUUUUCCAGUAAAGUACACCAAGAUUCCCUGAAAGAAGCAAAGCGAUUUGUUCGAAAAUGUUCGCACAUUACUGAUAAUUGGGCAUAUUUGAUCAAAUCAAUUGAAGACAGGAAACUCCCUGUCCCACAUGCAAAAGACUGCUUGUUCGAGCUGUCUUUGCAAACAAAGUUUCAUGAAUGGCUGUUAGAAAGAGUUAUUGGAGGGUGUAAAACCUCAGAGUGGGACGAGCAAGGUCAAGGAGUUAUCCAUUUGUGUGCUAUCCUAGGUUAUACUUGGGCUGUAUAUCCAUUUUCCUGGUCAGGCUUAUCAUUGGAUUACCGGGACAAGUAUGGUUGGACAGCUCUUCACUGGGCUGCUCAUUAUGGAAGGGAGAAAAUGGUUGCAACCCUUCUAUCCGCCGGUGCAAAACCAAAUUUGGUGACAGACCCUACUUCAGAGAACCCUGGUGGAUCCACUGCUGCUGAUCUUGCAUCUAAAAAUGGUUUUGAGGGUUUGGGGGCUUAUCUUGCGGAGAAGGCUUUAGUUGCACACUUUAAGGAUAUGACCUUGGCUGGAAAUGUUAGUGGUUCACUGCAGACCACUACUGAACAUAUAAACCCUGGAAACUUCACGGAGGAGGAGCUAUAUCUUAAGGAUACUUUGGCAGCUUAUCGUACUGCUGCUGAUGCUGCUGCACGUAUACAGGCUGCAUUCAGAGAACAUUCAUUCAAAGUACAGACUAAAGCUGUCGAGUCUUCAAAUCCGGAGAUGGAAGCACGUAAUAUAGUUGCAGCUAUGAAGAUUCAGCAUGCUUUCCGCAAUUAUGAGUCGCGGAAAAAACUGGCUGCUGCUGCGCGAAUCCAAUAUAGGUUCCGUAGUUGGAAAAUGCGGAAAGAUUUUCUUAACAUGCGGCGACAUGCAAUUAAAAUUCAA